UAAGCUAAGCCAUCGUAUCGUCACGAAAUUGUAAAGUUCCCAAUUGCAUAAAUAGAUAUUCAGGAAACGCCGAGAAUAGAGAGAAUUAUGCAUUAAUUUGGAGUGCCAACCAAUAGUAUGAAUGCAUGGCAAGACCUUAUGCCAAACGUAAAAUUACAUUAAACAUCGAGGCUGUGCAAUCGCCAUUUGGACGAUUCAUUGUUAAAGCAUAGGUCAAAGGCUGCAAUAUUUUAGGUAUGUUUCAUCCUUUCAAGCAUUGGAGAUUAAAUGAAGGCUCAAAUCCUAAGUAUCAUAUUGAAGUUGGUGUUGAACAACCAAAAGUAAGGAAAAAAGCUUUGCAAGAUGUGACUUAUGCUACCAAUCUACCGGCUUCCACAUUACAAAUAUUAGCAAAUGUUCCUUUUACUGUCAACCAGCCCCCUCUGAAAAGGUCUCGUGUGAGAAAAUUACUCACUACUGAGAGGAGUAAUGUCACUCUUAUUUCAGUCUCUGAUUUUGUCCAGUUGGACGAUAAAGGAUCGGAAACCAAUAUCAUCAUCGCCUUUUCUGUAACUCUGGUAAUCCUGGUCUCACUUGGAAUUGGCUUGGGCGUCAAACUGCAUUACGACAAGAAACAUCAAAUGUCCACCAGCAGUCAGAAAAUUGCUCGAAGGAAACAAGAAAGAACUUAAUCACCAGUUGUCAAUAGAAGAACAAACUGAAUAUUAACCUUACGACAAGCGGUGGGAAUUUCCAAGAGAUCGCCUUAA